CUCUGUUAUAUUCAUAAUUAGUUCGCGGUUAUUGCAAAUGCAUGCAUUUUUGAUUACUAUAAAAAUACUUGCAACCGCGUGGCGGCUUCAGUCUACCGGUGCCGUCACUUUGUCAAUAUCUUAUCCUGACGAGUUUAAGACAAUCCUUUGCUCUAAUCCUUGUAAAGUUCAAGUUCUUUCAUUAAAGUAGUGUUAGCAGUAUCAGUGGGUUUUUUUUAAAAAGACUGACACCAGCCGCGUCCUAACAACUGGUGUCAGAAGUGGGAUGCUGAGGAGAAUCUAUACAGAGAGCCCUUAGCAUCCAAAAGAACUCUAGCGGCUACGAGUCAGUUGUGAUCGACGGUCAGCCUCCGCCCUUAGCGUGAGCCCGCAUCACACCCUGCUGCAAGGACACUACAUUCACGGACAAGAAACUGUGGUCGACGAUAAGCCUCCGCUCUAUGCGUGAGCCCGCACCACGGCAAGGUCUUCCAAAUUUCAACAUCUUCACCGGUUGAGCUCAUCCAUCAUAGCAACGUGUCGACGAAAUCACGUUUUCCGAGUCUACACGCGCCACUUCAUCGAGUGUCGGGUUACUUCCGGCCGUGUCGUCGCUGCUGCAUCGCAUCGCAAUAUUCGUGACCUCAUUUAAGACAUUUUAACGGAAUAAUACUACGCGUGGACAAAAAUAAUGAAGGUGAUAGCCGCACUGCUACUUUUAUGUCAGCAUGGCUCUACUGAGUCGGAGAUUUUACCAGUCAUACACAGCCCUGGCUUGUACUUUGACCCAACAACCAACAUAUUCUUCUACAACGAUUUUUGGAAAAUAGUCACGCACGUCGACGUUAACUCUAUUGAGCCACAUCUUAACGAAAUUGACAAGCUUAUUGUGAAGUCAUCAUUACUAUGUAGUAAAAUAGAACCUGGAGAAUAUUCCAAUUGUAAAGAUAUUUUUAAUUCUAUCGAAGUUCUUUUAGAAACCAAUUAUGUAAAAGCACACUCGCUAUCUCAUAUAAUCUCUAAAGAUGCUGCAAACCGGUUUAAAAGAGCUUUAGAAUUUGGAGGAGAAAUAUUAAAGUUUUUCUUUGGAACAUUAGAUGCGGAAGAUGCGCGCAAUUAUGACGCUGCGAUUGACGCAUGCGAGAAAAAUGAUAACGAGAUAUUUCGUCUCAUGAAAGAUAAUAUCCACAUAGUUAAGUCAUCAAUCAAUUCAUUUAAUUCUACAAUUACCAAAUUGAAUCAAAAUGAGGUUAAAUUAAACUCUCAAAUAAACAAGCUUAAUCAGGUACUUUCCUUGGUAACUACAAAUAAUGAUAAGGUCUUACUAUUAACCAAACUUAAUAAUCUUGUGAAUAUUAUAGAAGGUUCCUUACUCACUAUAUCUAACUUCCUAGACACUAUUGUUAAUGCUAUUUUAUUUUCUAAAGCUAACAUCUUACAUCCCUCCAUAUUAUCGCCUAGUAAACUAUUCCACGAGCUAAGCCUAAGAAGUAGUUCUGUUAAUAAUAAACUGGAUUUUCCUGUACCGUUAACGCUUGAUAAUAUACACACUAUUAUAGAUGUAUCUAAACUAAUUUCUUACUAUUAUAACAACAGAAUAUUUUUCAUAUUACAAAUACCUCUCAUAUACCCUAUCAAAUACGAAGUUUAUAAAAUCAUUCCACUACCAACCCCACACGAUAAUACUAACCCUAAUACCUUCGCCUUAAUAACGCCUUCAAAAUCAUACAUCGCCUUAACAGAUGAUAGAUUACAUUACAGCUUAUUUAAUAAUUUGCAACAAUGCUCAAAUGUAAACAAUGAACAUAUGAUUUGUCCACUCGUAAGUGUUUAUUCUAGUAUUACAAAUCCGUGUUGUGAAACCAAACUCCUGACUGAAGUGAACCUGUCGUUGCCUAGUGAGUGCAAUUCUAAAUUUAUAUACGGAGACGUAGACAUGUGGCAAACGUUAAACAAUAACAAGUGGAUCUAUGUGCAAUCUAAGUUAAAUAAGUUAACAGUGCAGUGCGAUAAGAGUGAUAUGAAAGACUACCCGAUUAUCGGAACGGGUAUCCUAAAACUUACGGAUGAUUGUGUAGCAUUUUCUAAAACAAUUAGGCUAGAACCGUCUGUAUCAACAAACUUUGUAAUUACCGCUCAACUAAAAGUCGAUUUUGAUAUCACCCAAGAUGAUUGUUGUAAAAAGGAUAUUUUCAAUAAGUCAAUACCUCUGUUAUCUCCUUUAUCUUUAAGCAACAUUAAUCUCGAUUCAUUGAAAUAUUCCUACAGUCAAUUAGAUAAUUUGGAAAAUGAACUUAACAAAAUAAACGACGAAUCUCACUUUGUCAAGUAUAGCGGCUAUUAUUCAUCCCUUACUAUUGCUUGUAUUAUUCUUAUAUUCUUAUUUAUCUUGUAUAAAAUCUAUGUAAAAUGUUUAUCAAGAUCAAACAAUCGCCAAAAUUCCUGUUGUAUCCAAAUUUUUAAUCAAUGCAAUACCCAAAGGGUGCUGAAAAAUGAAACCAAAUGUCAUAACUCUAUUGAAUUGACAGAAAUUUCAGAAAGCAACGGUUCUACUCAAUCCAUACCAGAUAAUUUGUCCAAACGUAAUCUUAAUUAUUCUUAAUUGUAAAUCUUUAUUUUGACCUUCUAUUCUUAUGUAACUCUUAACCUUUUUGUCUUUGUUUUUAACUAUACUUAAUUUUAUCGUUUUUAAUAUAAAUGUGUUUUACUAUUGCCAAUUAUUGUUAUAACUUUGACAUAUUAUUUUUCUUUUAUAUUACACUCUUAGAAUUAGUUAGACAGAUAUCAUUCAUAGUCAUUAAGAUCCUUUUGUAAAAAGUUUUGUCUUAACCUCCCAUCAGAGUGACUUCGCAUAUCCUUAAGGAUAUUGCUUCGUUUUAAGGGGGGAAAUGUUAUAUUCAUAAUUAGUUCGCGGUUAUUGCAAAUGCAUGCAUUUUUGAUUACUAUAAAAAUACUUGCAACCGCGUGGCGGCUUCAGUCUACCGGUGCCGUCACUUUGUCAAUAUCUUAUCCUGACGAGUUUAAGACAAUCCUUUGCUCUAAUCCUUGUAAAGUUCAAGUUCUUUCAUUAAAGUAGUGUUAGCAGUAUCAGUGGGUUUUUUUUAAAAAGACUGACACCAGCCGCGUCCUAACAGC